UUCGAGUUCAAGUGCUCAACAAAACUCAGACCAGAAAUAUGAAAAGCGAUUAACAGUAUACAUCCAAAAAAAAAAAAGAGCUAACAGUUAAUUAGUUAAAUAGUCAACUGAAUGUAAGGCAAACAAAGUAACAAAUAAAUACAACGCGACAACUUUUAUCUGUGUGUGUGUGAGAAUAAUUUUCACCAACCUUAAUAUAACAACAACAGUACCAACAACAACAGCAACAACAACAACAUCUGCAGCAAAAAGCUGACAAAGAAACAACAAGAAACAUUAUCAAACCCUACGUUGCAAUUAAAGCCGUCAAAAUACGCAAAAAAGUGACAACCAAGAAAGCUAGCGUUGUUUUGGUUGAGGACGAUCUAAAUAAUAAUAACAAUACCAACAACAACGUCACUACCAACACCAACAACAACGACAACGCUAGGCAACUAAGAAUUGAGGAGCAGGAAGCAAUAAGUGCAAGGAUAAAUCGAAGCAACAUCAUCACUCACCAAAAAACAAUUGAGAACAACAGCAGCAACACGUAUCCAUCAUACCCUUACCAGCAACAGCAACAGCAACAACAAUCACAGAUCAACAUGGACGACACACAACAUUUCUGUUUGCGCUGGAACAAUUACCAGAGUAGCAUCACCUCCGCAUUUGAGAAUCUGCGCGAUGACGAGGACUUUGUCGAUGUGACAUUGGCCUGCGAGGGACGAAGCAUAAAGGCCCAUCGUGUGGUGCUCUCCGCAUGCAGUCCCUACUUUCGUGAUCUCUUGAAGAGCACACCCUGCAAACAUCCCGUCAUAUUGCUGCAAGAUGUGAACUUCUUGGAUCUGCACUCGCUGGUCGAAUUCAUUUAUCAUGGCGAGGUCAAUGUGCAUCAGAAGUCGCUGCAGUCCUUCUUAAAAACAGCCGAGGUGUUGCGCGUCUCGGGCCUCACACAACAACAGGCCGAGGAUACGCAUAGCCACUUGGCACAAAUACAGAAUCUGGCUAAUGCCGGCGUGCGAACACCACUCAACCCACAUCCUCAUCAUGCGUCCACAUUGCUCGACGAUGGGGGUGCGUCCGCUCUGUACAGUAGCCGCCAGGGGGCUGGGUCGCCACAACCGCCACCACCACCACAGCUGCAGCAUCAGUUGCUCAAGCGGAUUGCAAUGAUCCAGCACCGGAACACCGCUGCCGUUGAUGAGACGUCGCACGUGAUGAAGCGCAUGCGUAGCGCGGACAAUGGACUCCCCACAAGCAACAACAACAGCCCGGACUUGCCGCUACACGCGCGCAGCGCUUCGCCCCAAACCACACCGGCCGAUUUCAGCACGAUCAAGCAUAACAACAACAAUACGCCGCCGCUCAAAGAAGAGAAACGCAAUGGACCCACAGGCAAUAGCAACAGCGGCCCUGGCAAUGCCAAUGGAAAUGGGAUAUCGGUGAGCGACAAACUAGGCAGCCUCACACCCUCGCCCCUGGCUCGUACCGUCGAUGAUGUCAAGUCCGAACCCAUGGAACUGGUCUGCUCCAACAACAAUGCCAAUGCGAAUGAUGAGCACAGCAAUGAUUCGACCGGGGAACACGAUGCCAAUCGCUCUAGCAGUGGUGAUGGGGGCAAAGGCUCACUGAGCUCGGGCAACGAUGAGGAAAUCGGUGACAGUCUCGCCUCUCACCAUGCCGCACAGCCCUACAUAAUAUCGCCAGCUGAGAGCAAAAUGUUUCCGGCCGCCGCAUUCAACUUUCCCAUGACCAAUCUCGAUCAUUCAGCACUGCUCGGUCUCAACUCGCAAUUACAACAAAGUGGUGAACUCGCUGUUUCCCCCCAAGGUGGCAGCACCAACCUACUCGGUGGCGUCAUAGUGCCCGGUGGUAGUGGCAACCCUAGUAAUAGUAGUAGCAACAACAACAACAACCAACAACAACAACUACAGCAACAACAACAAGUUGAACAGCAACAACAACAGCCAACAUCACAACACCACCUCCAACAACAACAACAUCAUUCCACACCACAUAACCCACAGCAGCAGCAGCAACAACAACAACAACAGCAGCAGCAGCAGCAGCAACAACAACAACAACUGCACUCCGAACGCCAAAGCAGCCUCAAGCCCAGCGAUCUACUCAGCAGCAGCGAGCGCAGUCUCUCUCGCUCCUCACAAUGCGGCAUCGACACUCUGCCACUGCACCACAGUAGCAGCGCCAGCGCCACACCCUCGCCGACGGCCAGCAGCAAACGGGAGGCGAGGGAGAGAGAGAGAGAACGCGAACGGGAACGGGAGCGAGAUCAUGAGUUUGAGAGACCACAAUCGGGACCGGGCGGAUCGCCACCACCACCACCGCAUCAUGCACCACCGCCGCCACACUUUGGCCAACAUCCGCUCUCGCUGCUCCCCAGCCACCAUCAGCUGCAUGCCCACGCCCAUGAGCUGUCACCGGGGGCGGCGGCACAUGCAGCCGCUGCCGCACAUCAUGCACACGCGCAUGCAUUGGCGCGCGCCGCCUCACCACUUGACCACCACCACCUGUUGCACCAUCGUCGUGCCUCGCACUCGCCCUCCGGCAACAGCGGUGGUCGUGGCUCGGCCGGCGUUGGUGUGGGCGCCAACAGUGCCGCCAAUCUGCUGUCGUCGGCACGGGCCAGCGAUGUGGCGCAGGCCAAUCGGUUGCUAUUGCCGCUGCCCCUCAACGCCUGUCAUCGGUGCGAUGUGUGCGGCAAGCUGCUGAGCACAAAGCUCACCCUGAAGCGCCACAAGGAGCAGCAACAUCUGCAGCCGCUGAACAAUGCCGUCUGCAAUCUGUGCCAUAAGGUCUUCCGCACUCUGAACUCGCUGAACAACCACAAGAGUAUCUACCACCGUCGCCAGAAGAACCACCAUUCAUACUUCCAUCAUGGCGCUGGCGUUGGCCAGGCAGGCAGUCCGGGUAGUCGGCUCCAUCAAUCGCUUAGCUCGCUGAGUGCCGCUGCCGCGGCUAAUAGUGGUGCGGCUGGUGGUGCCAAUGGAAAUGCUGUUGCUGCUGCAGCAGCGGCUGCUGCAGCCGCCGCCGAGCUUUUGUUAUCCCCCAUUGUGGGCGCUGCAGCGGUCGCUGGUGGCAACGCCAGCUCCACACUACAACUGGCGGCGGCGCAUCAGCAGCAGCAGCAGUCGUCGCCGAACAUAGUUAAGCCCUGCAUAGACUUCUUAUAA